UUUUAUUCAUCUUUAUCACUGUCAAAUAUCAAAACGUAGUGCAAAGUCAUUCAAAUAUUGCAACGGUAUCAACGACAACACAGAAAUCAAUCAAAUAAUGAUGAAUAAUUUGUCGAUUCUAUUCAGCUGUUUCAUGAUUGCUUUAGUCAAUGCUAAUCCCGCAUUGGAAGAGAUUCCAUUACAUUGUCCAUCCGAAGGUGUUUACGGUUAUCCACAUCCAAAAUCAUGCGAUGAAUAUUUUCAAUGUACAAAUGGUACAAUGUCACAUGAAUUCUGUCCAAAUGGUCUAUUAUUUUCGCAAACAGGACAUGUGGUUGGAAUGUGUGCCUAUUAUUGGAAUGUUGAUUGCGGUGAUAAAACUGUUCCCAAACCAAUGAAUAGCCCUGGUUGUCCAUAUCAAUUUGGUUUUUUUGCCGAAGAUGAUCGUCAACCAUGUAAUGUUUUCUAUAGUGAAUGUGCUUGGGGUGUUCCACAACGAAAACAAUGUGAACCAUAUGGUUUAUUCUAUGAUGAACGUAUUAAAGGUUGUAAUUGGCCGGAUCAGGUUGGAUGUAGUUCCGAAUCAUUAUUACAAUUCAAAUGUCCAGAUGAUGAUCAUUCAAAUAGAUUUUGGCCAUAUCCACGAUAUUGGUAUAAUCAACAGGCGAUAAUCACCUGUGUCAGUGGACAACCAAGAUUAAUUCAAUGUGGUGAAAAUUCAUUUGUCGAUGCUAAUUCAUUGAGUUGUGUGGAACAGCCUAAAGCUGAUGAAAGAUUACGGCCAAAGAUUGGUGGUCAUGGGAGACAUUUUUAAAUGAAUGUUAUUUCAAAUUUGAUUUAACAAUUGGAUCAGAGUUUUUUUUGCUGCAAACAGGAUUAUUUCCAAAUGAUGUAUGAAAUUUUGA